AUGGGGAAUGCGGCUCCAGGGGGUGUGGAGCAGGAGUCAGGGGAGAGGAGAGAGGUCGGGAGCCCUGGUGGGAUAUCCGGCACUGGGACAGGAGAGUCCACACUGCAGAAGAAACAACCACCUGCCCCCAAACUACCCAUACCCCCCGAAGAGGAGCUGCAGGAGAGGUUCAACAUGGUUCUGAGCUACAUGAACCUGCCUCCGGACAAACUGCAGCUGCUCAGUGACUACGACAAUGAGAAGAAGUGGGAGCUCGUCUGUGAUCAGGAACGCUUCCAGGUCAAAAGCCCACCUUCCACUUAUCUGAGCAAAAUAAAGAGCUUGUACCAGGACCAGGGAGGGGUCCCACGCAGGGUCAAAAAAAGAAUCCAAGACGCCACACAAGUCCUGAAAAAUCUGGAAAUUUCCCUGCGGACAAACCAUAUUGGCUGGGCUCAGGAGUUUCUCAACGAACCAAACAAAGGUCUGGACGUGCUGGUCGAGUAUCUCUCCCACGCUCAAAGUGACGCUCCAUUCGACGUGGACACAGUUGAAAACGGCGGCACGUUGUUGUCAGAGAAACCGAAACCCGCCGGGCGAUCUGUGGAAGACCUGACCAAAGCCAGCUCACCGUCACAUGGGGUCACCAAGGCAGCGAGAGCUUUGACCAUCAGAAUAUCAAACACUCUGGGGAACAAGACGUACAAAAGGCCGCCCACGUCCAGAGAGGACAUCCACGUUUGUAUCAUGUGUCUGCGAGCCAUCAUGAACUACCAGUCUGGUUUUAACCUGGUCAUGUCUCACCCGUCCUGCGUGAACGAGAUCACACUUGGUCUGAACAGCAGGAAUCCCAGGACCAGGGCUCUGGUGCUGGAGCUGCUGGCUGCUGUGUGUCUGGUCAGAGGGGGACACGACAUCAUCCUCUCGGCUUUUGACAACUUAAGAGAGGUGAGCAAAGAAAAGACGCGGUUCGAGAAGCUCAUGGAGUACUUCAUGAACGACGACAGCAACAUCGACUUCAUGGUGGCAUGUAUGCAGUUCAUCAACAUUGUGGUUCAUUCGGUGGAAAACAUGAACUUCCGGGUCCAUCUGCAGUACGAGUUCACUCACCUGGGACUGGACCAGUUUCUGGAAAGGGUGCGGCUGACAGAGAGUGAGAAGCUCCAGGUGCAGAUCCAGGCCUAUCUGGACAACGUGCUGGACGUGGGGGCUCUACUGGAGGACGCCGAGAGCCGGGGAGGCGUCCUGGAGCAGGUGGACGAGCUGCACCUCCACAACCUGCAGUUGAACGCUCGGCUUCAGGAGGAGGCGGAAAAUGCCACAGAGCGGAUUUCUGAACUGGAGACAAAACUUCUGCAGGCGACGAAAGACACGGAGCUGCUCAAAGAGAGUCUGCGUGAGUCGUGUGCACAGGUGGGUUCUCUGCAGCAGCGUGAAAGGGAGCGAGAGUUGGACCUGGAGCGGGAGAAGGAGCGAGAGCGUCGGGGGUCCUCCUUCCUACAGCCUCAGCCUCAGUCUCAGUCUCAGUCUCAGCUCGAGCAGAAGAUCCAGCAGCUGCAGGACCAGGGCCUCAUCACAGUGACCCGUAGCGCCACCGGAAACCUGGACAUCCAAGUGCUGCCUCUCACCACGAUCCAAUACGUCCAGGUGCCGUCUUCAGCCUCAUCGUCCCAGAGCGAGAGCACAGCUGCCCCUCUGUCUGCUCCUGGGAAUCCUCCUCCACCUCCUCCUCCUCUUCCCGGGUCAGACUCUGUUCCUCCUCCUCCCCCAAUGCCCUCUGGAACUGGACCUCCACCUCCCCCACCUCCUCCUGGUGUUGGACCUCCUCCUCCCCCACCUCCUCCUGGUGCUGGACCUCCUCCUCCCCCACCUCCUCCUGGUGUUGGACCUCCUCCACCUCCUGGAAUGGGACCUCCUCCACCACCUCCUACCCCUGGAUCAGGACCACCUCCUCCACCCGGUAUAGGACCACCACCGCCGCCCGGAGCUCCAAGCAUCGAGUCUGGCGUUAAAACUAAGAAACCCAUUCAGACCAAGUUCCGGAUGCCCUUGUUGAACUGGCAGGCCCUGAGACCCAACCAGGUGUCCGGCACGGUCUUCAAUGAGCUGGACGACGAGCACAUCCUCGGGGAGUUGAACAUGGACAUGUUUGAGGAGCAGUUUAAAACCAAGGCUCAGGGAGACGCUAAAGAGGUGAGCAGUAAACCCAAGAAAGCGUCUCAGAAAGCACCGGCCAAGACCUCGCUGAUCGACCCAAACAAGUCCAAGAACCUGGCCAUCACUCUGCGGAAGGGAGGACUGACCCCGGACCGGAUCUGCACCGCCAUCGAGACAUACGACCAGAGCUCUUUGUCCGUUGAUUUUUUGGAGCUACUGGAGCCUUUCAUCCCGUCCGACUUUGAGAUGAAGCUGCUGACCAACUACAAGCAGGACGGGCGCCCCCUGGAGGAGCUGGCAGCCGAAGACCAGUUUGUUUUACGUUUUGGAAAAAUCCCACGCCUUCAUCAACGCAUCAACACGCUCACGUUCAUGGGAAACUUUCCAGAUUCGGUCAAACGUCUGCAGCCGCAACUGGACUCGCUCAUUUCUGCAUCCAUGUCCAUCAAAUCCUCGGACAGGCUGAAGAAAAUCUUAGAGAUUGUCUUGGCCUUUGGUAACUACAUGAACAGCAGUAAGAGAGGUGCUGCGUACGGCUUCCGGCUGCAAAGCUUAGACCUGUUAUUGGAAACAAAGUCCACCGACCGCUCCCAAACUCUUCUGCACUUCAUGGCUAAUGUAAUUCGAGAGAAAUACCCAGAUCUGGUCAACUUCCACUCGGAUUUACAUUUCGUGGACAAAGCGGCGCUGGUGUCGCUGGAUGGGAUGCUGUCAGACAUCCGUGCGCUGGAGAGAGGGAUGGAGAUGACCAAGAAGGAGUUUCUAGUUCAGGACGACAGCCCCGUUCUCAAGGAGUUCAUCCAAACCAACAGCACGAUACUGGAGUCGUUGGUCAAAGACAGCAAAACAGCUCAGGAGUCCUACAGCUCUGUGGUGGAGUAUUUUGGAGAGAAUCCCAAAACGACGCAGCCCUCCAUGUUCUUCCCCAUCUUUGGGCGCUUCAUCAAGGCCUAUAAGGCCGUGCAGAAAGAGAUUGAGCAGAAACAGACAAAGGAGUUGAAUGAAGAGAAGGUGUCGUCGCAAACAAAGUCUCCAGAACAAAAGGGUCCCAUGAUGCCAAAGAUGGAUUUUCUUGCAGAGCUGAAGAAGCGACAGAAGCCUCCGGUGAGAGAGGGGAAGGACGGAGCUCUGGAGGACAUCAUCACAGGUUUGAGAAACACUCCGUUCAGACGUGACGACGGGCGGCGGCCGGCGCAGCGUCACGACACUUAA